AUGAAUAAUGAUUAUUGUUGAAUAUUUUCAAACGGUAAACGCGUUCUAACUUGUAAUUAAUUAUUUCAGUAACAUACUAAAUAUUAAAUAGUUAUAAAUUAUUUUAAAAAAAGUAGGGAAUCCUAUUGAACAACAUGUACGACUUGGGCGACGAUGAAUAUGAAGAAGAAGAGGAGACCGAAGAAAUUUCAAGUGAACUUUGGCAAGAAGCUUGCUGGAUAGUAAUCAAUUCUUAUUUCGAUGAAAAGGGUCUUGUAAGACAACAAUUGGACUCGUUUGAUGAAUUUAUUCAAAUGUCCGUGCAGCGUAUUGUAGAAGAUUCUCCUCAAAUUGAGUUACAAGCUGAAUCGCAACAUACACAUGGUGAAAUUGAUACUCCUACUAAGUAUCAAAUUAAGUUUGAACAGAUUUACUUAUCUAAACCUACUCAUUGGGAAAAAGAUGGUUCGCCAUCUCCUAUGAUGCCCAAUGAAGCUAGAUUACGUAAUUUAACAUAUUCUGCUCCACUUUAUGUAGAUAUUACCAAAACUGUGAUUAAAGAUGGUGAAGAACCAGUUGUCACUCAACAUUCUAAAUCAUUCAUAGGUAAAAUACCUAUAAUGUUAAGGUCAACAUAUUGUCUACUAUUUGGAUUAAACGAUCGUGAUUUGACUGAGUUAAAUGAAUGUCCAUUAGAUCCUGGAGGUUAUUUCAUUAUUAACGGAUCCGAAAAAGUAUUAAUUGCUCAGGAAAAAAUGGCCACAAAUACUGUAUAUGUUUUUAGUAUGAAAGAUGGAAAAUAUGCAUUUAAGGCUGAAAUAAGAUCAUGUUUAGAACAUUCAUCUCGUCCGACUUCUACUCUUUGGGUUAAUAUGAUGGCUCGUGGUGGUCAAAGUAUAAAGAAAUCUGCUAUUGGCCAAAGAAUAAUUGCAAUAUUGCCAUAUAUUAAACAAGAAAUACCUAUUAUGAUUGUGUUUAGAGCUUUAGGGUUUGUAGCCGAUCGUGAUAUAUUAGAACACAUAAUUUAUGAUUUUGAUGACCCAGAAAUGAUGGAAAUGGUGAAACCAUCUUUAGAUGAAGCUUUUGUUAUACAAGAACAAAAUGUUGCAUUAAAUUUUAUUGGUUCACGUGGAGCAAGACCUGGAGUAACUAAAGAUAAACGUAUUAAGUAUGCUAGAGAAAUCCUUCAAAAAGAAAUGUUACCCCACGUGGGUGUGUCAGAUUUUUGUGAAACUAAAAAGGCAUAUUUCUUGGGAUAUAUGGUUCAUCGUCUUCUCUUAGCUUCACUUGGUAGACGUGAAUUGGAUGACAGAGAUCAUUAUGGUAACAAACGUUUGGAUUUGGCUGGACCUUUAUUGGCAUUUUUAUUUAGAGGAUUGUUCAAAAAUUUAAUGAAAGAAGUGCGUAUGUAUGCUCAAAAAUUCAUUGAUCGUGGAAAAGAUUUUAAUUUAGAUCUAGCAAUUAAAACAAAACUUAUUACUGAUGGUCUGAGGUAUUCAUUAGCUACUGGAAAUUGGGGCGAUCAAAAGAAAGCUCAUCAAGCAAGGGCUGGUGUAUCACAGGUAUUAAACAGACUUACGUUUGCCUCAACAUUAUCACAUUUAAGACGUGUAAAUUCUCCUAUUGGGCGAGAUGGGAAAUUAGCAAAACCUAGGCAGUUGCACAAUACUCUAUGGGGUAUGUUAUGCCCAGCAGAAACCCCAGAAGGAGCUGCUGUUGGUUUGGUAAAAAAUCUUGCUUUGAUGGCUUAUAUAUCUGUUGGCUCUCAGCCAUCACCAAUUUUGGAAUUUUUAGAAGAAUGGAGUAUGGAAAACUUGGAAGAAAUUGCUCCUUCGGCAAUUGUAGAUGCCACUAAAAUAUUUGUAAAUGGAUGUUGGGUUGGUAUUCAUCGUGAUCCUGAACAACUUAUGGGUACUUUGAGAAAACUUCGACGACAAAUGGACAUCAUUGUAAGUGAAGUUAGUAUUAUUCGUGAUAUACGUGAUCGUGAAAUAAGAAUUUAUACAGAUGCUGGUCGUAUUUGUCGACCAUUGCUUAUUGUUGAAAAUGGAAAAUUAUUGCUAAAAAAACGUCAUAUUGACAGCUUAAAAGAGCGUGAUUAUAACAAUUAUGGAUGGCAAGUGCUAGUAUCCAAUGGUGUAGUUGAAUAUAUCGAUACUUUGGAAGAAGAAACUACAAUGAUUGCUAUGUCACCUGAUGAUUUAAGACAAGAAAAAGAAUAUGCAUACUGUACAACUUACACACAUUGUGAAAUUCAUCCAGCUAUGAUAUUAGGAGUAUGUGCAUCCAUUAUCCCAUUCCCUGAUCACAAUCAAAGCCCUAGGAAUACAUAUCAAAGUGCUAUGGGUAAACAAGCCAUGGGUGUCUACAUAACCAAUUAUCAUGUCCGAAUGGAUACUUUAGCUCAUGUUCUUUAUUAUCCACAUAAACCUCUUGUAACGACAAGAUCUAUGGAGUAUUUACGUUUCAGAGAACUGCCAGCUGGUAUUAAUUCUAUUGUAGCAAUUUUAUGUUAUACUGGUUAUAAUCAAGAAGAUAGUGUAAUAUUAAAUGCUUCUGCAGUAGAAAGAGGAUUCUUCCGAUCUGUAUUUUUCCGUUCUUAUAAAGAUUCUGAAUCAAAACGAAUUGGAGAUCAGGAAGAGGUCUUUGAAAAACCAAAUCGCCAAUCAUGUCAAGGUAUGAGAAAUGCCAUUUAUGAUAAGUUAGAUGAUGAUGGUAUAAUAUCUCCUGGUCUCAGAGUUUCUGGCGAUGAUGUUAUUAUUGGCAAAACAAUGACUCUUCCAGAUAAUGAAGAUGAACUUGAAGGAACUACAAAAAAAUAUUCCAAACGAGAUUGUAGUACAUUUUUAAGAAACAGUGAAACUGGUCUCAUUGAUCAAGUUUUAUUAACAUUAAAUUCGGAAGGUUACAAAUUUUGUAAGAUUCGAGUUCGCUCUGAAAGAAUACCUCAAAUUGGUGAUAAAUUUGCUUCAAGGCACGGUCAAAAAGGAACAUGUGGAAUACAAUACAGACAAGAAGAUAUGCCUUUCACUUGUGAAGGCAUCACACCUGAUAUUAUUAUUAAUCCUCAUGCUAUCCCUUCCCGUAUGACAAUUGGACAUUUAAUUGAGUGCUUACAAGGAAAAGUAUCUGCAAAUAAAGGAGAAAUUGGCGAUGCUACACCAUUUAAUGAUGCUGUAAAUGUACAAAAAAUUUCAACUUUAUUACAAGAAUAUGGUUAUCAUCUACGAGGAAAUGAAGUUAUGUAUAAUGGCUUUUCUGGAAGAAAAAUUAACGCUCAAAUAUUCUUAGGGCCGACUUAUUAUCAACGUCUUAAACACAUGGUAGAUGAUAAGAUACAUUCAAGAGCAAGAGGACCAGUUCAAAUUUUAGUACGGCAACCUAUGGAAGGAAGAGCAAGGGAUGGUGGAUUACGAUUUGGGGAGAUGGAACGAGAUUGUCAAAUAGCACAUGGUGCUGCUCAAUUUUUACGUGAACGUUUAUUUGAAGUAUCUGACCCUUACCGUAUUCAUAUAUGUAAUUUCUGUGGCUUAAUUGCAAUUGCAAAUCUAAGAAAUAAUACUUUUGAAUGUAAGGGAUGUAAAAAUAAAACUCAGAUUUCACAAGUAAAAUUACCAUAUGCAGCAAAGUUGUUAUUCCAAGAAUUAAUGUCAAUGAACAUCGCUCCAAGGUUGAUGGUUACUAACUAAAUUUAUAUGACAGCUCAGAUGUGACUGAUACAUUUAACUUUAAUUAUACUUGAAUUGUAUUAUAUUAUUAUCAUAAUAAACGUAAUAAACUGUAUAAAAAAAAAUAAAAAAAUCAAUAUUAAAGUUGUAAUUUAAUGUGUUAAAUAAAAAUAUUUUAUAAUAAAGUGUAUUCUUAUUUUGAUAAA